CAUUAUUAUGCCAAGUUUAUUUUUUACAACGUAAAAUUGUAAUUUAUUAGUUUCAUCAUAUUCAUAGUUCAUAGUUCAUACUUCAUACUGAUGUCUGAUUACUGCAUAGUGCAUGACUGAUACUGAAUCCUGAAGGCAUAAUAAAAUACAGAAUAAUUCUGUGGCAUAACUAACUCAAUUAACAGUUGACAUAGUCGGGCAGUUCAGUUUUUGAUUUUGUGCAUUCUAUUAAAUUGUGUUACCAUUAACUCAUUAACAUGAAUUCCGCCUCAACAGCUCGAGUAAAAGAGAAGAUUCGUUAUGAUAUAGAUAUCCAUCGUCAACUAAACAAACAAAUACUUAUGAAUUCGAGACGAGGAAUUAAAAUCGAGGAUGAACAUUUAAAUAAUGAGUUGACUGUUGAAGACAUGCAAAAUAUGGCAUUAGAAAUUAAACGUGGAAAACAAAUUACUGUCAAACAAUUAAAAUUGUUACAAAAUGGUUUCCUGGAUUACUUAGACUUUAUUGUAUUGUUUUACAAUGUUCAAGGGGCCGUUGAUUCCUUACUUCAUCUUGCCUCUAAUAAAAAUGAAGAAAUACAGUUAGCAGCAAUUCAAUGUUUUUGUAACAUGGGCUUAGGAGAUAGAGAAGUAUGUUCCAAAUUGACAAAAUUAGUUGCACCAUACUUGAUGAUGUACAUCAAUCAUUUGAAUUUUAAUAUAUCAGCUAUGUCUAUCUGGACUCUAGGGAAUUUGAGUGAUUCUAGUCCAGAUGCAUGUAAAUUGCUUCAAAAUCAAAAUUUCUUUGGUACACUGGUUGAUCGCUUACAAAAUUCAACCUGUGAUCGAAUCAUUUUUGAUACCUUUUAUACCUUAAGACUUUUUCUUAAAACCUACAUGCAAUAUUUACCGAUUGAUGAUUUAAAUAAAUUGCUACAUGUAUGUUAUAAACGAUUGAGUACAUGGAAAGAUUCAUUUUGGAUAGUGUAUCAAAUUUCUUGUUGUCAAGACUCUGCCUUGAAAGAUUCAAAAUGUAUAGAUCAUUUAUUGCACGCCUUACAUGAAGAUAUCAUUGAUAUAACAUGUUUAGUGCCUAUUUUAAGAACAUUCAGUAAUAUUAUAGCUAAGGAUUCAACUAAUUCUUCAGCGCUUACUUUUCUUAUUGGAUUAAAAAUCGAAGUAGGAUCUAUAAUAAGAAAUAUUUUAAUUAAUAAUAGAAAUAUCAAUUUAAAUGAGGAAUGUGCUUGGUUGUUAGGUAAUGCUUUUAAGGCAGUAGGAUUAAAUGAGUCUAAUUUAACAGAUAGAACCUUUGAUAAAGUUUGCAAUUAUCUUUUGAUAUAAAUUUGUAUGUAUCACAAAAUGUCUAUAAAUAUGAAUUAUGUAUUGAUUUAAUUUUUUUUAAUAUUUAACUUUUUAUACAUGGUAUGUUAGUUUAUAUAUAUUUUUAUUUUUUAUUUUUAAAACUACAAUGUAAUAUUAUGCAUACAUUUUAUUUUAUAUGACUUUUUAAUGUUUAAUCUAGUUAUAAUACACUACUAUUUGUAAAUUGUUGCCGUUUGCAAAAUAAAAUAAAUUAUGACAAUAUAUAAA